CAGUCGAUUCUCUCUCUCUCUCUCUCUCUGCAAUGGCGGGUCGAUGUGUAUAAAUAAGCCAAGCGCCUAUAUUUGAGCCUCGCCAGUCACUUGCUCGAUCUCUCUCUCUCUCUCUCUCCGUGCCACUUCCCUGGCUUCUCUCUCCUCCCCUGUUCAGGAGUUACGUUCGAGGUUGGAGGAGAAAGAGCGAGGUUCAUUAUCGUCUGUUCCCGUCGCUCAUCGUUUGCGCUCGAGCUUCUUCGCGUUUUGAGCACGGAAAUGGCGAAGGAUGUGGGGAUUCUGGCCAUGGAGAUUUACUUCCCUCCUACUUGCGUGCAGCAGGAAGCCCUGGAGGCUCACGAUGGCGUGAGUAAAGGGAAAUACACUAUUGGGCUAGGACAGGGCUGCCUGGCCUUUUGUACAGAGGUCGAAGACGUCGUCUCAAUGAGUUUGACAGCUGUGACUACCCUUUUGGAGAAAUAUGGAAUUGAUCCAAAACAAAUCGGUCGUCUGGAGGUAGGCAGUGAGACUGUCAUUGAUAAGAGCAAGUCCAUCAAAACCUUCCUCAUGCCAAUCUUUGAGGCAAGUGGAAAUACUGAUAUCGAAGGUGUUGAUUCAACUAAUGCAUGCUAUGGGGGAACUGCAGCUUUGUUCAACUGUGUCAACUGGGUGGAGAGUAGUUCAUGGGAUGGACGCAAUGGGCUAGUUGUAUGCACUGAUAGUGCGGUAUAUGCUGAAGGACCGGCUCGUCCUACAGGAGGAGCAGCUGCCAUUGCAAUGCUCAUAGGUCCUGAUGCACCAGUUGUUUUUGAAAGCAAAUUUAGGGGGAGUCACAUGUCUCAUGCCUAUGACUUUUACAAGCCCAAUCUUGCGAGUGAAUAUCCGGUUGUCGAUGGGAAGCUAUCACAAACAUGCUAUUUGAUGGCUCUUGACUCCUGCUAUAAACAUUUUUGUCACAAAUUCGAGAAGUUAGAAGCAAAACAAUUCUCAAUAUCUGAUGCUGCCUACUUCGUUUUCCACUCUCCUUAUAACAAGCUUGUACAGAAAAGCUUUGCUCGUUUAGUAUUCAAUGACUACUUGAGGAAUGCCAGCUCUGUAGAUGAACUUUCCAAAGAAAAGCUGGCACCUUUUUCAAGCUUAUCUGGUGAUGAAAGCUAUUCAAGCCGUGAUCUCGAGAAGGUAUCCCAACAAGUUGCAAAGCCCUUAUAUGAUGAAAAAGUGCAACCAACCACUUUGAUACCAAAACAAGUUGGCAACAUGUACACUGCAUCUCUCUAUGCCGCAUGCGCUUCUCUUAUUCACAACAAGCAUACUACACUGGGAGGCAAACGCGUCAUAUUGUUCUCAUAUGGAAGUGGUUUAGCUGCUACAAUGUUCUCACUGCGAUUUCGUGAUGGCCAAAAUCCCUUCAGCCUCUCUAACAUGGCAGCUGUUAUGGAUGUCGAGAAGAAGUUGAAGUCAAGGCAUGAGUUCCCUCCUGAAAAAUUUGUCGAGACCAUGAAGCUUAUGGAGCAUAGAUAUGGGGCUAAGGACUUCGUGACAAGCAAGGACUGUAGUCUCCUAUCUCCCGGUACAUACUAUCUCACUGAAGUUGACUCCAUGUACAGGAGAUUCUACGCCAAGAAAACCAAGGACAGUAGUUGUGACAAAAGUUUGGCUGGUCACUGAAAUGAAUAAGACAAUUCCUGUAAAACCACAAAUUUGGAUUUUCCUUUAUUCGAGGUUGGCAGUUUCGGGAAGCAUAAUUACCUUUCCUGCUUCUGUAACACCGUUAGCCAGCUCACAAUCUGCACAGUAGUAUGUCCAGAUGUUUUUCUAUGUUUAAAUUUAAUAGCUAUUGCUGGAGUUAUUCUAAUGAGUACGUUUUUACUCGUUUCCGAUGUAGAAUCUUUUAUUCGCUUACUCGAAGAGAGUUUGAUUGUAUAA